CGGAUUAGAGUUUGAGGCUUUUAUUUACAAUCACAUUUCGUUUCAUUGAAAAAAUAGAAAAAUACUGAGCCUAAUCGCGGCGUGAAUCUCUAUUAAACAUGAAUUGUUUCGAAAACGUUACGAUGCCCAGCUGUGUGUGGUUUGAGAGUGGCGAGAAACGGAAUAUUGUGUCGUCUAUAUUUGCUGGCAUUUUGUUCUUUACAGGAUGGUGGUUCAUCAUUGAUUCAUCAGCUGUGCAUGGUGAUUUGCCCAAAGCAGCUCAUGUGUGCGGUGUGUUUGCCACUCUGUCACUUAUUAUGGUCAACUCAGUCUCAAAUGCACAAGUGCGUGGUGAGACGUACACAGGCGGUUGUAUGGGACCCCGCGGAGCGCGACUCUGGCUGUUCCUAGGCUUCGUUGUUGGCUUCGCAUCUCUCAUCGCUGCCUGCUGGAUCCUCUUCGCCAACUAUGUCAACAAUCCUAAUAAUAAACCUGAGGAUCAGCACUUCACUUGGACAGGGGUAAGCCUGUUCCUACAGAACGCCUUCAUCUUCGCUGCUUCACUUGUGUUCAAGUUCGGACGCGCCGAGGACCUCUGGGGUUAAGCUAGUUGACCCUCCCUAUCAACCUCUUGGUUAUACGGCAAGGACACUAUAACCUGUGCAAGCACGCUGACCUUACAAGGUCAGGCCCUGACCCCAGAUUAGCCCAUGGACAGGGUUGUUACGGACUUCAUCCAGUUCUCAGGACCCUUCCUAUUUUCCAGAUAAGCACCGGAGCUGUUACCACCGUUGAAUCUAAAUAAGAAACUGUGUAUGGAUAGAAUAAAUUCGUUUUAUUUACGUUAAAGUAAAAUUUAAAUAUAAAUAGUUUUUGAAUUUUAUUUUAAAUUGAUCCUUCAGAUCAACAACAUACAACUCUAAAAUUAUCUGUACUCAAUUUAUUAGCACCUAAUA